CCAAGAUGGCGGACGCAAGUGGAGGAGAGACACAAGAAAAGGAUAUUUUGGAGAAUUUGAACGCCUUUCUGUCAGGGUGUGGGGAGAGCAAGCCGCCUUCAACUGUGAGCAGCAUUGAUAAGAUACAAUGCGCUAUAGUUUUGCUUCAGUCCCUUCCGUGUGCCAGGCAUGCUGUAUUGGAGCAGCUUUGUGGAGCGUUCCACGAAUCGAUGAACAAAUUUAUGGUCGAAAUGGAAAGAAAAGCACAACUUGGAGGGUCUGGGAGUUUACCAGAAGUUGUAGAUGCAGACCUUGACAAUGCUUUACAUAGUAUCUGUGAUGUUGUGAGUGAAUUUGUCAAUACCAAUCCAUCAUCAUGGGCUCUACUUAUUUGUGAGUGGUGCUUGAACCUGCUUGGUGACUUGAUAUCCAAAUUCGACCAAAAAAGAGGUGUCAGUCUCACAUUGUCAUUCAGUGAGGGCUUUCAUAAGUGGAUGCUGUUUCCUCCAGUUCARAUGUUGAUGGGAAUAGGCACAUUGUGUUGCUCAAAACUUGUGGUUACUGAUCCAGAUAACUGUAUGGAAGCACUAUURCAAAUCUCCAUGAAGUACUCACCACACCUUGAUUGGGUUGUUGCACAUAUUGUAUCCCACUUUCACGAUAUUAUUAUCAAGAAACUUCUAAACACUGCCUUGAGAGACUAUGCUAAGACUCUGGGAGAUGAGAGUGAAGAAAAGUCUUUAUUAGUCUCAACUAUUGUCCAAGUCUUGGGGUAUUUGUCUAUCCAAUUUGCAGCUGAAAUUAAGACAAAUCUUUUGGCUUUGUUUCAUGCAAGUCUUGCACAAGAAACAAAGGGUGACAAGGACAAAAGAGAACAGCUAGCCACAAUACCAUUUCUUCUACACAUUGCAUCUCUGUCUCCUGAGCUGCUCAAGGGAACUUUAACUGACUUUGUGGAAGUCUUAUCUCCUGGUGUACUAGUACAACUCUAUGACCAGUCAAUUCUCAGGUCAACUGUUUAUCAUAAGCAGUCAAGCUUAAUCCCAGCACUUGUGGAUAUUAUAACCAACAUAGAAACAGGAGCUUACACUAUAUUCUGUUUUAUACUGGAUAACUGUACCCCUCAAGAAGACCAAGAUAAGAUGGACAUACCUACUGCCAAUCUUGAAGUUCAAAAAGCAUGUUCCUAUGUAAUGGAAGGUUUAUUGAUGAAGCUACAGGAUGUGAUCAGCCAGAGACAUAAACUKUUUACUCAAAAAGCWGCCAUUGCACCACUUGUCUCCACYUCUACAGAGAGUGCAUUUUUACUGGAGAUGUCUUCAUAUGCUGUUCAACUUACUAAACUAUUGCUCCAAGCCCAGGGCAAAAGGCUUGGAUGGAUUUUCCGUAUGCUGGUUCUUGUUUGUGUCCACAGUGGAGAAACCACAGCAAUACAGAUUUUGAAUUUCAUCUUARCCCAUAGUAAAACCAAUGAAUCUUUGAAUCUUUUUGUACAAAUGCAAUGUGAAGUAGAGUUUUAUUAUCCCCAUGUGUUGCAAGAAACUACUAAGAAAUGCUUSAUGUCAGUGAACUGUUCCAGUGCAACUGCCAAGCCUUUGAUGGUGAAGAAUAUUCUUGACAAUAUACAUCAGCUUAUCUUAGCAGAGAAAAAUGGAGUAUUCCAAGCUCCAAGGUGUCAAAUCACAGAUAUGCUACUAGUACACACUGCAAACCUAAUCCCUCUCCUUAGCCACUCCAACAAUCCCGUAGCGUCCAAAACACUGUCACUGUUACUAGCAUAUGAACAGGACAUCUUCCCUACAGUAUCGUUGAAAAACAACAUUUGCAGAAAUGUUACUUCAUUUCUGUUCAAACAGCUCAGAGAAUUGGUGGAAGUAGAAACAUGUUCUUCAGAUAUAAUGGAAAGAAUCAAACUUUGCACAAAGAUGCUAACAAGAUUAUCAAAAGAUGAAGACUGUAGAUUGUUACUGAUAAGAAUUCUAGUUGAAAGUACUCUUGAAAAGGCAAGUUCUCUUCAUUUUCAAUUUUCUUUCAUGCAUCGGCAUUGAAUACCUCAAGUUGUUAUUCACACUGUGCUUUUGAACUAUUUGUUACUACAGAAUAGUGUCUGGUAUGUUUUUUUGGCUUCCACAUCUGCUCUGGAAUAGGUUGUCAUUUUUUGGACAUUCUUUUCUGGAAGGUUUAUAAUGAUUAUUACGCCCAACAGUCAAUUUUUUUAUUAUGUUUACUAAGUUGUAAUCUUUUUUUAUACAGGAGAAUAUCCAGUUGUUGGGUGCAAAGCCACAAG